AGCUCGUGGUCGAGCACUUGGCGAGAUGAGCAGUGGUCGUAGCUGGCAGUGUCUCGAGCACAGGGGCACGGACGUGGCCGGCAGAGGCUUUGCCAAGUGGGCGAAGGCUGCGCUCAACGACGCAUUCGAUGUCAUGUGCAUCUCGCCCAGCGCGGUCGCGAGCUCGUGCGCGUGGUUCAACACCAAGACCGAGUGUGCUGCCGUGGACCCAAAUGGCCUCGCCACCAUCACGUGCGCCGACUACUCGACGACCAAGUCGGGCUGGUGCAACGACCUGCGCCAGCAGAUCAUGAACGGGUCGGCGCCCAUGCCGAUCACGCCCACCAACAACGCGACCGAGUCCAUCCUGCCCGUGCUCUCCAACGCGUGGACGUGCUCGACGUUUGCGCCGACGCAGGUGGCGCUCACCACGAUCGACGCGGUCGCAGGCGUCGAGUGUCUCGCUGCGUCGGCGACCGAGUGCACAUGGUUUCCGUCGUCGAAAGACUGCUGGACACAUGCGCUGCAACUGACCAACGGAACAGGCCCGGGCCUCCGCUGCGCCGCGGUGCUCAAGGACCCGCCGCCGUCGCCGCCCUCGACCACGUACCGCUGGUGCCAAUCGGUGCUGUCCUCGUUCGCCAACAACACGGCCAACGCCACGACGUUGCCGCCGUCGACGAGCGGAGCGUCGCUGUCAACGACGACGAUCCUCCUCAUCGUGCUCGCCUGCGUCGUCUUCAUCGGGAGCCUCGCCUUCUUUGCGCACAUGCGGCGGCAGUACCACCGGUCGCUCUCAUCCAGCAGCCUCUACGACACGCCCAAGCAGAUGCUUACGAUCGAGUACCCGUCCUCCGAGACGCACGCCGACCGCCCACCCGGUUUCGACGAGCCGAAGGAGUCGCUCGUCCAUGACAGUCUCCCGCCGACGGCCGCCGUCGUCAAUCGGCCGCGCGACGCGGGCAUCGCCGGGUCCUUCUCAUCCGGUGGCAGCGUCCGCAACGACACCAUCCUCGGCAUCUCGCUCGACAUGGGCGACCUCGCGCUCUGGCGUCUCGACGAGACACAGCUCGUCCACGUCAAGACGCUCGCGACCGGAGCCAACGGCGUCGUGUCGCUCGGUCUGUACAAGCAGACGCAGCACGUGGCCAUUAAGAAGCAGCUCGGCGAGAUCACGCCGGAGAGCGUCCAGUCGUUCAUCGACGAGAUCAAGCUCAGUUCUCGGCUCGAGAGCCCGUACAUUGUGCAGUUUAUCGGCGCGAGCUGGGUGCGGCCGCGCAACAUCGAGAUGAUCGUCGAGUACAUGGAAGGCGGCGACCUCCGCGGGCUCUUGCUGCGCGAGCCUGACACGCCGCAGAGCUGGCCCAAGCGCAAGCUCCAGAUCGCCCUCGACGUCCUCGACGGGCUCUUGUACCUCCACUCAAUGGACAUUGUGCAUCGCGAUCUCAAGGCCCGGAACGUCCUGCUCACGAGCAGCCUCCGCGCCAAGCUCACGGACUUUGGCGUCUCGCGCCAAGUGAGCGACCACGGUACCAUGACCAUGGGCGUCGGCACCUUCCGCUGGACCGCCCCCGAGGUCUUUCGCAACCAAAAGUACACGGUCGCCGCCGACAUUUACUCGUUCGGGAUGGUCCUCGUCGAGCUCGCAACCCACGAUGUGCCGUACGCGCAGCUCACAGAGAUGUCCAACUUUGCCCUCAUGCAAGCGCUCCGGGACGGCCAGCACCAGCCUGCGCCGUACCGCUUGGAGGCGACCGGCGACUGCCCCGACUACGUCCACGCGCUCAUCGUGGCAUGCACGAAGGACGACCCGUCGGCACGGCCGAGCGCCAUGGACGUCGGGUCCCUUCUGCGGCAACACCUCCCGGCCCAGUACUGCUUAUAA